GCGGGGCAAAUACCGGAAGUGGGGGUAGAGGAAGUCCUCCCAGCAUGCAGCGCGACGCGCUAGUUUUGGAUUCAGCAGCAGGUGAAAACAAGAAGAAGAAGAAGAAGAAGAAGAGUUCAUGUCAACAACAUGUCGCCGAGUGUGAUUUAAAACGGAUUAACUACGAGUGUGAGUCGUUUAAACGGAGGACGUCGUCAUUCUGAAAUACUCUCCAGUUAUGAGGAUGAGCAGCCCAGGACCGAGCAGUGGGACAAACAGACCAGCUGAACUCUUCGAGGACUUGUGGAGGCAGCUCGGAGAGUGUCACCAGAAUGCACUUCAAGAACUGGAGACAAGAGUGGGCAGGUUGAAGAAGGAGCGCUGUUUAGAUGCUCAGAGGCUUGAGGUGUUUUACAGUCGCAACCAGCAGCUGAAGGAGCAGAACACAAGCCUGCAGGAUGCCAUCAGCCUCUUGGAGGAAAGGCUCCGAGCAGGAGAAUGUGAUCGAUGUGCCAUUUUAGAGGAGAACCUGAAAAACGACCAGGAGCAGAAUCUGCGUCUCAUCGCUGAACUGAAGAAUGAAAGAAACGUCCUGAAGGAUGAGAACAGAAAACUACAAGCUGAAGUGCAGAACUUAAAGAUGUCUUGCUCCGAGCUCCAACAGGUCUCAGCCCCAGAACAGGAAGAAGGCGUCAUCCCUGACUCACCAGUAAUGCCGAGCUCGCUGCCCGCGGCGAACAGACUGAAGAAACGUAAAAACGUGGACAAAAGCAGGCGCGUUCGAUACACAGAACGGCCUUUAACACACAGUAAUAACUCGCUCUUCAGUGAGCUGAAGCCUGUCGAUGCGGCAAAGAAUCCUGGAACAGCAGAAGUGCUUGUACCCAACACAUGUGACCUGGACGCAUCCCAAAUCUCAAACGGUUCGAGUCCUGAUAGAGAAGAAGUGAUCGCAGAAACAUGCGCCUUCGAACUACUUGUCAAGCAUCCCAUGAAAAGUGACGUGGCUGCAGUGCAGCCGAGGAGCUCGAAGCCUCUCUGGAAAAAUAACGUUUCUUUAAAGCCUCAUGGCUCCUCUUCUCCGUCCACACUGAUCCACAGUCCAGACUCCACUAUGGAAAGUUCCCCAUCUCUUCUCCCCCGAGUCAAGAGGUUUUCAGCGGACAGCUUCAAUCACAAAGCUAAAAGGAAGAAGGAGGAAAUUCAGAGGAAAGAGGACAACAAACAUAGGACCCAGGAGCGGGUGGACUCACAGAAGGAAGGCAAACACACAGAACCCAAACUGAUCGAACGCACCUCAACACCAAAUCAAAGUCUCGUGAAGCAGCUGCCGGACAGCAAGGAUAAAGAGAGACAGGUUGAUUCAGGACAAAAUGAGCCCAGUCUUUUUUCUGCAAGUCCUGCUUUCAAGAAACCAGACGUGAGGUGUAAAGGAUCGGGGGACGGCGCUGGGAGGAAAAGAACCCCCCUGCAGGACGCGUCACGUGACCGACAUGAAGCAGAGAAUGCUGAAAGGAAAUGCAAAGUGGAACCAAUGUGGAGCAUUGACCCUGCGCUCGCCCUGUCCAUGUAUGACAGCGAGUGGAGAGGAGAUGAGCAAACAGAGAAAGAGUGUCAUGGAGAACUCCCAGACACCGACUGCACCUGGGUCAGUCACAGUUUACUCCAGCGUCAGGGAGAGAAUGACCGGGCCCGAGAGGACAGCGUUUCAGGACUCGGUGAGAAGGCCAAUGACAGUUUGGACAUGAUGUUUGAUACCACAGCUUGUGGGGAAUACAUGUCUUACAACAGUUCACAUGUAGGCCACAGCCAUCACUGUGGUGGUGGUGAUGAUGAUGAUGGUGAUGAUGAUGAUGAUGAAGAAGAAGAAGAAAAGGAAAAUGAACAAGAUGCUCCUGAAAACUCUCCAGGUCAAAGCAAAUCUCGCCUACAUUUUCUUCUCUGGCUCAGACACCCAACAUUUGCACAUGUGGCCGUAGUUCGCAAGAAAGACGAGAGAAGAAAACUGAAGGGCGCUACCUGCAAGGAAUGUGAAAUUUAUUACGCUCAUCUUCCAGAGGAGGAAAAGCAAAAUAAGUUGUCCGCCUGCUCGAGGCACCGCUUUCUUUACAUUCCUCCUUCUACUCCGGAAAACUUCUGGGAAGUUGGAUUCCCAUCCACACAAACAUGCAUUGAAAGAGGUUACAUCAAGGAAGAGAAGAAUCCUAAGGCUCGCUCACGGAGGAGACAACCCUUGAAUGCUUUAUUCUCCCCAAAGCAAGAGAGCUGAAGAAGUUUGACUUGGUCCACAGCAAGUAAAUACCAUAAAGAAAUAAGAAGUUUGUUUCUGUAUUUAAACUGCACUGGGGACAGUGAAGCUGUCACCUGACUGUAGAUAAGUGUGCUUGUGAUGUGAUUAGAUAAAUAAAAGUUACUUUGUGCCUUUAAA